CUAGAGUAAUUAAAUGGUAAAUCAGAUGAUGUCUAUAAAGCACACAUUUUAGUGUCUACUAUUUAGAAACCUUGUUAUCUAAAUAGCAGGCAUUCAUUAGUGAGGCGCACACACCAACAGAGGGCGUCCUUUACCAGGCUUUAAUCACUGUGAACUAUCUCAGCAAAACUUAAUUUGAAAAGAAUCCUUAUUUGCAAAGUGAAAGUGAAAUUUUAAACAAUGAUUUUGUUAGCCUACCUUAUUUUUAAUAAAUCAUCAUUUCUAUAAAAUUAAGUCAGUAACCCUUUUUUAUAUUUAUGUUAUCGCAUUUACAAGGCUAUUGGAUUAAUUAUGUUGCAGCUAGUUAUCGUUUAAUUUGGAGAAAAGUGUUUUCAGCGCGCGUGCAUGUGUAAGGAGAAGAGGGUGUUUCUACCAAGAAUUGGACUUCAUUGUGAUGACAUGUGACCGUUCAUAGAUGACAAAAGACACUACGCAGAGCUUUACAUACUGUUUCUCCAGUGUGCUGAUAUUUACAUCUAAAAUAUUUCACUGAGACUUGUAAGAAUAAUCUUAAUGUUUCAAGGAUAGGGGAGUCGUAUGUCAUGCGAUAGCAAGUGUGCGCACGCACAGAUCUUUCGCCGUUUGAUGCAGAAAUGAUUAGUCUCAUAUUAGACAAAAAAUUAAUAAGUUAAUUAAGUCCAGACCAAUAAUUCGAUGUAGAUAACUAGAUAAUGUAUUCGAUAAAAUAAGCGCAUUCUGCAUCAUCAACCUAAAGACAUCACUAAAGCCAGUCACCCGAUGAAGUGAAAAGAAACAUUGCAUCUCUGGAAUUUCUCAUAAUAAAAGAAAACAGAUGUGGUCUGAGUAUUCAGAGAACAAAUACGAGAUCUCUGUUUGGGGUAAGAGAAUGUGUUUGUACUCUGUCUCGCACAGAAGCGCUGAGAGUGCACUGAGAGAGUCGCGUGUGCUUUUUUGGUUUGGGUUACAGCGCAACUGAAUGCCACAGUGCUGUCGCGCGCUCAGUCGCACGCGCGUACCUGCUAGAGAGCUGGAGUUGUAUUCUGCUGCCUCGCGACUCAUUUUCUGCUUGUUUGCUCCAUUGUCAAUGAGACUUCAUCCAAGAGACCCCCCCCCCCCCCAAAUCUUUUAGUGACAAUUUUGGACCAGGUUACAGACUCUGGAUGUGGAUUUUGAACAGCGAUGUUUCAAUGGACCUGAAUGAAGAAGGAUUAUUUUUGUCGUCAAAACAGUAAAUCGCUUGUUUGAACAAACUUAGCUCGUGUUACCCAAGGAUAAAAACGCAAUGUUCAUCGCCGCGAUUUACAUCAUUUUACCUCUGAUGGAUGUGGUGUUAUCUGGCGAGGAGUCUUUCUUUACUAGUGGAAACCGGCUGGACUGUGUCAAAGCGAACGAGCUGUGUUUGAAAGAACCGGGAUGCAGCACAAAGUAUCGGACUAUGAGGCAGUGCGUUGCCGGAAGGGAGGGCAACUUCAGUAUGGUGACUGGAGUGGAAGCCAAGGAUGAAUGUCGACUUGCCUUGGACGCUCUAAAGCAGAGUCCCUUGUAUAACUGCCGUUGUAAAAGAGGCAUGAAGAAAGAGAAGAACUGCCUGCGCAUCUACUGGGGAAUCUAUCAGCAUUUACAAGGGAAUGAUUUGCUUGAAGAUUCUCCGUAUGAGCCUGUGAACAGCAGACUCUCAGACAUUUUUCGACUCGCCCCCAUCUAUUCAGAAGGAGGGAAUGGUGACGGCCCCUGGAGCAGUCCCAUCACCGCGGCCCCAGAGAGAGGGCCUGAAAUCAGGUCAGGACCCCUUAAGCCUCAAGACCCCAGUAGAAUCAAGAGGGCACAGCCAAACUGGGGUGUUCUGGGUGAGCCAGCGCUAGCAAAGGAGAACAACUGUCUGAAUGCAGCAAAGGCCUGCAACCUAAACGACACCUGCAAGAAAUAUCGCUCAGCUUACAUAAGCCCCUGCACGAGCCGCGUCUCAACUGCCGAAGUCUGCAACAAGCGCAAAUGCCACAAGGCCCUACGGCAGUUCUUCGACAAGGUGCCGCCCAAGCACAGCUACGGCAUGCUCUUCUGCUCCUGUCCUCUAGGAGAUCAGUCGGCCUGCUCCGAGCGCAGACGACAGACCAUCGUGCCAGCCUGUUCGUAUGAGGACAAAGAGAGGCCCAACUGCCUCGCACUCCAAGCCUCAUGCAAGACCAACUACAUCUGCAGGUCUCGUCUGGCUGAUUUUUUCACCAACUGUCAGCCAGAACCAAGGUCUAUGUCUGGUUGUCUGAAGGAGAACUAUGCUGACUGCUUGCUGUCAUACUCCGGUCUCGUUGGUACAGUGAUGACCCCGAAUUAUCUGCGUUCCCCUAAAAUCAGCGUGUCUCCAUUCUGUGACUGCAGCAGCAGUGGAAACAGCAAAGAGGAAUGCGACCGAUUCACAGAGUUCUUCACUGACAACGCCUGCCUGCGUAAUGCGAUCCAGGCCUUUGGCAAUGGGACAGAUGUAAGCGUUUGGCAGCCAAUGCCUCCGGUACAAACAACCACCUCUAUGACAACACCGUCCCAGAGGGCCCGAGAUCGAGACAGAUCACCCAAUGCUAUAGAGCCGGCGACACACAUCAACCCUGGUGAUAACUCCCUCUACCACUUCUGUGGUAGUCUCCAGGCUCAAAAACUGAAGACUAACAACACAAUAGAUGUGCUUUGUGUGGACCCUCAGAUCGAUGAUCCCAGCUCCUCCAACACCAUCUCCAGAAACUCGGCCAUCCUGCAGACGUCUCCAUCAGGCCUGAGCUCUCUGCUGCUUCUGCCGGUUACCUCUUUGCUCUGCAUUCUCACGGCAGAAAUGUUGUAGCCAACUAAGAACAUAAAACACGGACAGUCACAAUUUGUAUAAAGUUGGUCGCUGUUCCUGGUCAAUCUGUUGUACUCUGUAAUCUCUCUCUUACUCUGUUCCUCUGUUUCUCUAGCUGUUUUUAUUGGUUCUUGUUUUUUAGAGCUUUUGUUGAUGUGUGGGUGCAACAAAACAAAGUGAUCUUGGUGUACAUUUCCGUCUCCCCGAAAUGUUGAGCGUCAAUGCAAGGCGUCAGAACCCAUAAGGACUCAUGUCUCAGCCGUAGAAACAGAUCUUAUCUGUGUAUGCAUACGUGUGUACUUCACUUUAAAAAUGUGCUCCAUCCAUUGCAAGCAGAGCGCAAGAAAUAUAUUGCAGAACGUCAUAUUUGUGAUGUGAUCAUUAUUAUCAUAAGCUGUCUUGUUUUCUGGGGGGUUUAUUUGCUGCCAUUUUAGUAGAUUGUCACUAUUGACUAUUGACUGUGGUGUUAUUGACCCAUUUGUCGGUCAAAGAUAUAAAAAAAAUCAUUUUUAUGACCCAAAUAUUCAAUGAAAGUAAAAAGAGAGAUGUUUACUGAUCAUCCAGUCUGGAUGAAGACCUACAGGAUGUUAGCUGGAAAGUACAUGCAGGGGCCUGUUUGUCAUUGUGUGUUUGUAUGUGUGAAUGUGAAUCCCUGUUUGUUUGUUUGUUUGUUUGGUUUGGCAGGACAGAGGUCUUGGGUUCGUCAGUGGAAUAUGUCAAUAGAAAUGGGGGUUCAUAACCCCGAUGGCACUGUUAAGUGGACUUUUACGUAAUCAGACAAUGUUUUACUUGUCAAACUACAUUACAGUAACACAUAAAUGUCUGUAAAUGACACAUUACUAAGCUAAACCAAUUGGGAUCUAUUGAGUGUAUAUUCAUAUUGCCUUCAUGAUGUUGCUUGGACAGGGAUUCUCACACUUCAGCCCAAAUGAAAUGUGCACAUAUGUAUUAUAUAGCCAGUUUUUUGUAUUGUAUGUCUAUACAGCAUCGGUGAUUUGUUAGAUGCAUCACAUUUAAACCAAGAAGAAUUCAGAAGGUACCCAGACGAUAUACUUAACCCUUAAAUAUAAGGCAUGUGCAUUUAACCAAUCAGCAAUGCACAUUAAAAUAAUCUACAGUAUGACAUGCUGCUUUGGUUCAUGUGGCAUUUUGAACAAAUCCUUUAUCUAUUGUUGUACUUCAUGUUAUUUAUGGGACAUUUCUUUAAAAACACACAGCAUUUACUGUAUACACUUUGAAAAGAAACAUGUUUAUAGAGCCUGCUAUAUUUGAACUGGGAUCUGGUUAUAUUAUCAUAUCGAAUGAGGUUUUCUUGCUUUUCACAGUAACUAUACGGUAUAUAUUUUUUAUUUAGACUGAAAACACACCACACAUUCAAGACUUAUUGCUGUUCCGUCGUAUCCCGAAUGAAGGAGUUGUACAACAGUCAUUUAUUUCCCUAAUAACAUGAUGUUGUUGUUUUAUGGUAAGCCAAAAUGGAAAAAUGAUCUUAUUUUUGUAUCUUUUGCAUUAUGGGUUUAUUUAUUGUAAUGUCUCUGCUAGUAAGCAGUACAGUUAACUUUAGAAGUAUAAACAUAAAAAAACGAGCAUGAGUGAUUAAUGCAAUAAAGGCUAUUAGACGCAGUGUGUGAUGGAUUACACUCGAGCAUCCUUCACAGUGGAACAGACAGUGCUCUGCUGUAUUCGCUCAUGGCAUUGAGAUUUAGGAUGUAAAAUACAAUCGCUGUGAAAGUGCUUGAGCUGGGAAGGUAAGAAACCAUACUGUAAAAAUAUAUAUUUGUCUACGUUCACAUCUUAUUGCGCCAGAGCAUUUAUUAUUCUCAAUGAAAAACACAAGACGACUUCACAAACAAACACAUUUCUUCUUCGCUUGUGAAAAUGUAAAAAGUAUUCUAUGAAAACGAUUAAAAAUGUUGACUCAC